AGCUCAGUUUUCAUUGGCUGAAAAUUUGAUUCCUGGCUAUAUAGCUGGGACGGAGUUGGCCUAAUUAACAUUCAUGGGAGCCUCAUGAUCAUAACUAUGGCGUCGGACUUGUUAGCUAGCUAGCUGAUUUAUACAUUAUUUCCCAUAUCAGGCUUAAUUAUAUAUCAGAAAGAGUGAGUGAUAUUUAAUUACUUUGAUUGCUGCUCUAUCUCCGCGCUCUUGAGCUCACAUACAAAUUACACAGCAAGGAAUUCAGGGAUUUCUGGAUAGAAUCGCAGCCACGAGCAGGAGUAGUACUAAAUCGCUGUAAUAUAUAUGGAAACUGAUCAUCAUGAUGAGGAUGAUCAGAUAUACGGAGAAGGAGAGGAGGUGCAAGACAACACCAGCUCAGGCGGAAGCAACAAAUUGGUGAUACCAGAAGAUGGCUACGAAUGGAAAAAAUAUGGACAAAAGUUCAUUAAAAAUGUUGGAAAGUUCAGGAGCUAUUUCAAGUGCCAAAACAGCAAUUGUAGAGCCAAGAAGCGAGCCGAGUGGUCGAGCUCAGAGCCUGAUGAACUUCGAGUAGUGUAUGAAGGGGUGCACAAUCACACCGAUAAUAAUGCCUCAUCUGCAGGAUCGGCUUCACAUUCACAGCAGCCGGAUUCCUCAUCAUCUUUAAAUCCGAGUACUGAUGCAAACCGGUAUGACUUGUACACACAAGUUUUUGGUAAUCAACAAGGAGAUAAAAAAAGUUGAAUCCCUCGUGCAGAAGCAGGUUAAUUCACACAGUACUAGUUCUACGAUUGGCUUGUUUGUUUAUAGUCUUGUACGUGCAGCUAGCAUCUUACCCCUUAAUAAAUUGGAUAAGCCUCGCCAUUUCAACGAGUUGCAUGCCAGUCUGUAAUUGCAGUACUGCAAAGAACUAGAAUAACCUUCUGCUUUGCCCUUGGUCCAUCUAUAUAUAUCUACGGUAUUUCAUUA